UAGGGUCCCAUAUAUAUAUGUAUAUUUUAUUAAGUAAAAUAAUCUACUGCGCGACAAUAAACUCCUAUUUGACUCCAGGCUGCGCGCAAUUGAAUGUACUGUAACGUCCCUUCAACACCACUCUCCGCCGCUAGAUGUCGCUGGUCCCUGCGUGUUGUGGCUUGUGGGCUGGCGGGGGGCUGGCUGGAUGUGGGCUGCUGGGGGCAGCUGGGUAUGUGUGUGUCUGUGAGUGUGUUUAAGACGCGUCGACUCGAGCAGGAGCAGCAGCAGCAGCAGCAGGAGGGGGACUUGAAAACUUCAUUGCGUCCAGUGAGAGCGGGGAUUUGGCGAUUUAGAGGCUUCCAGUCCAGCUGCGAUCGUCGGAGAGGAGGACCGGUCCGGUUCUCGGCACUGGAACCAUUUCCGGCCAACAUGGAUGAUUUAGAUGCUUUAUUGGCGGACCUCGAGUCCACAACAUCCCACAUCUCAAAACACCCCCUUUUCCUGUCUGAAGAGGCCGCCUACUCCUUUCCUGUGCGGGGUCAGACUCAGCAAGACGUCUGCUCUCCAUCCCAAGUCCCACCCACUCCCUCAGACCAAGCUCUGAAUGGAGUAGAAGAAAUAGAGUCUGUCAGCACAGCGCAGAGAAGUCCUUGGUCUAGAGAUAGCAGCAGUCUAGGCCAACCCACUGGUGGAGAGGACCACGUGUACAGUCUCCCUAAUAAACAAAAGAGCAGUGACUCAUCAGCUGGUGCAAUGAACUCACUGGGCAGCAACCUGUCUGAGCUGGACCGCCUGCUGUUGGAGCUCAACGCUGUGCAGCAAAGCACCCCUGCCUUCGCCACAGAAGAGGAAGCAGCUCCACCGCUGCCUGGCAGCAGCGUUGUCCACCACGUACAGGAGAAUGGAGUCUCCACUGCAGGUAAAGCCAUUCCUCCUGUGGUGGAGAAGCCCAAACGUAGUGGACCCACUCGAGGAAUCGAGGACGUUCGACCAAGUGUGGAGAGCCUUCUGAAUGAGUUGGAAAGCUCUGUCCCAGCACCACACCCCACACCGUUGGUGGUGUCAGAUGAGCAAACAGAUGGACAAGAAUCGCUGUCACAACAACAAGCCAGAAUGUCUGCCUCCUCUGCCACACGAGAGCUGGAUGAGCUAAUGGCCUCCCUGUCUGACUUCAAAGUGCAAAGCAAUAUCCAUUCACCAGGAAAGACUUCUCCCUCUCCUGCCCCCAAACCAGCCAACAAGCUGGACAACAUGCUGGGAAGCUUGCAGUCUGACCUCAACAAACUUGGCGUCCAGACGGUGGCUAAAGGGGUCUGCGGUGCUUGUAAGAAACCGAUUGCUGGGCAGGUGGUGACUGCCAUGGGCAGAACGUGGCACCCCGAGCACUUCGUGUGUACCCACUGUCAGGAGGAGAUCGGCUCCAGGAACUUCUUUGAGCGCGAUGGGCACCCUUACUGCGAAAAAGACUACCACAACCUGUUCUCACCGCGAUGCCACUACUGCAAUGGACCCAUACUGGAUAAAGUAGUGACUGCUUUGGACAAGACUUGGCAUCCAGACCACUUCUUCUGCGCUCAGUGUGGAGCCUUUUUUGGACCAGAAGGUUUCCAUGAGAAGGAUGGAAAGGCAUACUGCAGAAAGGAUUACUUUGACAUGUUUGCCCCUAAAUGUGGUGGAUGUGCCCGUGCCAUCCUUGAGAACUACAUUUCUGCUCUUAACUCACUCUGGCACCCUGAAUGCUUUGUCUGCAGGGAGUGCUUCACGCCAUUCAUAAAUGGCAGCUUCUUUGACCACGACGGCCAACCGUACUGCGAGGCUCACUACCAUGAGCGGCGUGGCUCGCUGUGCUCUGGCUGCCAGAAGCCCAUCACCGGCCGCUGCAUCACAGCCAUGGGCAAGAAGUUCCACCCCGAGCACUUUGUGUGCGCCUUCUGCCUCAAGCAGCUUAAUAAGGGCACCUUCAAAGAGCAAAAUGACAAGCCCUACUGCCACCCCUGCUUUGUUAAGCUCUUCAGUUAGACUCUGUGCCUGUGUGCCAUUGUGUGUGUACAUGCGUCUACACGUUUAAUGUCUAAAUGCACAUGUGGAUGUAUGUGCACUUGUAUGUCUAUGUGCAUCUAUGAGUCAGUGGUUUUUCAGACAGAAGGCGGUGAGAAAUGUUUCCUGACUAUUAACUCCUGAUACUGGAGGGACUUUCCGGGUUGCCCAACCUCUUAGGUUUGGCCUUUUACACUUUUACUAAAGAGAUUUUUAACAGAGCCCAAAGAGAUUUUUAUUUUGCUCCUGUGCUUGACAGGAUAAGGGAAAUUGUUUUUGUUUUUUUAAAAUUUCCCCUUCUGUGUGUGUGUGUGUGUGUGUGUGUGUGUGUGUGUGUACAUAAGUAAGCAUAUGAGAAUCAAGAUAAGAGCCCAGAUUUGCAAAUGAUUUUCUGCCCCCGCUGCAGGGCAACAUCCUGCAUCAUGUGGCGGUGAGUCUAUGUUGGCAGAUAUGUAACAGCUGCUUGAUUGCAUGGACCACAGAGAGUUGACUUGCGUAGUUUUAAUGUAUGUGGAGAGUUGAAUACACAGUGCUUGGCUAAUGAGUGUUUAAAAAAUAUGUAUUUUUCUAGAUUUGGAAACUAUUGAGGUGCCAUUUAAAAUAACUAUGAAAACUCCCCAUAUGUACAUAUAUAUGUAUAUGGAGCGCAUAUGUAGACAGAGACACACACUGAACCAUUUCUCCUUCACUUGUUUAAUAUACUUGUCCAGUCUCAGCACACGCCAACAGCAGAUCUCUUGAUGAGACCAUCUUCAGGUGCAUUUUCUAAGUUGGUCCUCCUGACAUGAGUUCUUGUUUUUUCUACAGUUUUUCUAUGGAAAUGAACCCAGGUGUUUUCACAGUUUAAACAUAGGUUACUCACAUUUCUAGCCUGAUUAUUUCCCAAUAAAAGUGAAAUCAAACAGAAUAUUAUCAUAUUGGAUCCGUUUGCGGCGCUGGUGCAACCUCGGUGUGUGUGUUCUUUACGUAAACAACUUUCAGAUGAAAUCGAAUGACUACAAAAAUAAACAUAGGUCAAUGAGGACAGUAUAUGUAGUUUGGCUGACAUCGUGAGAAUUUUUAUAUAUAUUUUUAAUUUAUGAGAAAAAAAUGCUAAAACAAAGCUGAUUUCACUGCUGUUUACCUCCAGUUACCACACAAUAAAUGAAAGCAAAUUUUAUUCAGAAUAAACAAUGUCUCAUUUACACAUUUUCCACAUUUUGCUGUUGCUACUAACGUACAUUUAUCACUGUUUUAAAUCUUAUUAAUAAGGCCGAGGUAAAGAUUUAAGGUGUUUGUCCUUUUCAUUUCAAUGCAUGCUAACUUCUUAUAUGUGGAGUUUGAUCAGCACCAGCUGCCAGUUGCUGUUACAAUCAGAAUCUAAAUUUGUAUACGUGUGAAACGCUCGACUCUGUGACACAACUGUGUUUUGUCACCGUUUUGAUGGAAAUUUAUAUAUUUUUGAGCUACAGAGGCUCGGCCUGACAUGCAAAGAGCUGGCUCUGUUGAUAUGUAGCCUGACAGUAGUCUACCCUGGUCUCAUUCCUUCACACACAUGCACGCGUAUACCAGCUUGGAUUCCAGUGUGUCAGUGUUUUCUUCAGUAUUUUUUUUUUUUUAUUAUAUGAAUUGUGAUCCUGCUGUCAGAGUGAUAUUGCUGCAAAGCUCACAGAUGGAAGUUUGAUGUGAGCGUUAGCUGGUCAGAAAUCAUGACAUGAAACCAAGCCUUUAGCAAAAUUCACUUAAUGACUUUUAGCAGCUUUUUUUGAAUUGUACCUUUUUUGCCACAUAAAGAUUGUGUUUUUUUUCUUUUUGACAUUAAUCUCUAUAAAUUUAAAACUAUUAAUACAUGGUAUCCAUAUCCAGAUUGUUUUUACUUUGAGAAAAUAUCUCUUGUGCCAAAUGUGUCAAUGCAAUAAGGUCUUAUACACUGUGGAGUUCUCAGCCUUUUCCUGUGAUUCGACUCCUUUUGGGCUGAACUCUGAGAGGGCUUCAUCUGCUGUGGUGCAUCUUAACCCCAAACUAUACACUGUAACAGACAAGCCGAGGUGAAGCCUGCUGUACCGAGUCAUUCAGCAGACACUGUGGUGUUCACCUGUAGCAGAUUGAGAGUACUGGAUGUAGCAGGGGCAAUGUCGAUUACGGGGUUGAGUCUUCAGUUAAAAUGAAUAUGCCUCAUAAAAGAUAAUUAAUUCUGCUCAUGUAUAUUUGUCUUCUUACAGGUAUUGCCUUAUGGUUUUUGCUUCUUUCAAUGAAUUCAUGAGCGAAAUUUAAGCUUUUCACUGUUAAUGCGGUUAAAUCGACUUUGCUUUUUAAAUGGAGACCUUCAUGUGAUCUUUUCUCUUUGUGGGUGGGGCGUAAGCCUAUGUGGGUCCUGAUUCUUCUGCAAAUAAAAUAUCAAAUAUUUA